AUGCAGCCACCAGAAGAAAAGAAAAAGACUCCUUAUCAACAACUUAUGAUAAAAAUAGCCUCUGUUUUUCCAUCAAGAUUCGCUCCUAUUUUUUUACACCCUGCAGAUACAGGACCAACUACAGUAUUUUUCUGGGCACCUACAUUUAAAUGGGGUUUGGUAAUAGCGGGAAUUGGAGAUCUUAGACGACCACCAGAAACAAUUUCUCUUAGUCAAACUGCAAGUCUUAUGGUUACUGGCGCUAUAUGGUCUAGAUAUUCCCUAGUUAUCACACCAAAAAAUUACAAUUUGUUUAGUGUAAAUGCAUUUGUAUGCUGCACAGGAACGUACAGUUUUAUGAGAGGAUUGCUUUAUCAUAUGCAAAAGGAUAAAGAAUAA